AUGCAAUCCAUAAUCCUCCACUCCCACCCCGUCGGCCCAAUCCCCUGGAAGGUAGCCAUCAUUCUCGAAGACCUAAACCUCCCCUACGAAACCCACUUCGUUAGCUUCAAAGAUGUCAAAAACGAACCAUUCAUCUACCUUAACCCCAACGGCCGCCUCCCCGCAAUCGAAGAUCCCACAACAAAGGAAUCACUCUUUCGGAAUCCGCCUGGCUACACUUCCAGGUAUUCCGGUCAAGGCCCCUACUACGGACAGGCUGGUUGGUUCCACCGCGCUGCAUCGGAACGUAUCCUUACUACUAUUGAGCGGUAUGGGAAUGAGAUCCGUCGCAGGACGGGUGUUCUAGAAUCUUGUACUUAUGCUGAUCUUUGUUUCUUGCCGUGGCAAUGGUGGGCUCCGAGGUAUGCAACUGAUGCGGAGAAUUUGGAACGAGACUUUCCCCAUAUUGCGGCGUGGUCCAAGAAGUUAAGCGAGAGGGCGUCUGUAAAGAAGAUUUUUGCGGAUGGAUCGGGCUAUUGA